AUGGGAGAUUGGGAUUGCUACUGUGCGCUCUGCGCUGCGCCGUUUCAUUGUUUUGAUCCAUUCAAUGAGGAGUUUGGGCAACGAGGGGAUGCAUUUGAUCCGGAGAUUAUAAGUGUAGAAGAUAUGGCUUGGUUGGAGAAGUUGAUGCUUCUGGGGUUCAAUCCAAAUGCUCCUGGUGUUAGCAAGUGCUACAUUACGGGACCUGCGUCGAGUUCGAACUAUGGAUCCUUCGACUGCGAAAUUGGCGAUGAUGCGAAUAUACCACCAUCAACUGAUCAAGGAUCUCCACCAAAGAUAACACUCACUGCAUACUCAACCUAUGACCCUGAUGAGCCAAUGUGUUUCCCGUUUCACACAGACUGCCUCAAGCUCUUCUCUCAAGUAGUGACAUUUCAAAUGCACGGCAAGUGUGGAGUCGAGCCAGACCUGUCUGUACUGAAUAAAGAUGUGCUUUAUGCUACGAUGAGCAAGUUGACCGAGGAGUAUCACAAUGCUCUUAGCUUGGAUUAUGGUGAGUUGGCAGACUCGGCAACUGAGCAGUACUGGGCUUGUCAGCCUGGGAAUGAGGCAUGGGUUUCGAAUCCUCUCACACGUCCCCAGAUUACAUCAUUCCUCUCAGCCAUUCAGGAUCAAAACAAAAGCAAUAAUUCCGCACCCACUACAGAAGAGCUCGUAUCCCCAGCCCGGGCAGCUUUACAAGCAUGCAACCGGUUUACCACUCUUGCCAAAGAAAUAAUCUGCGAGAUCCUCCUCCAUCUCCCAUACAAUUCCCUCCAGGACUUUACACUGUCAGGCCUCCUCCCCUUCCACCUCCCCUCCAUAUCAUCAUUCUGGAAACGCAAACUCCUGCUAGAUAUGCCGUUCCUCUGGGACCUACCUGUCAUGUCAAGCCCCCCUGGCAAUGGAUUCGCGUGGUAUCGGGAGAUGAGACGGCAGUGUUUCGCUACGACGCCCGAAUUAGGAGAUUCCCAGGUAGAUGAGCAAGGUAAUGUUCAUCAACUGCUUGGUGAGCGAGACGCAACUCUCGUUUUGGGACUGGCGAACAGGAGGAGGGUUUGGAAGGCUUGUCUGCAGCUUGCUGAGUUGUAUGAGAAAGACAUUAGGGGGAAUAAAGGGGAGCAGGAUGCUGCAGAGGUAGAUGAGGAGAUUGUUAAUGGGAGUAUGAGUGUGGCCAUGCCGAUUGUGUCAGCGCCUGUGAGUUUGGAUGCGAAACCUUUGAGCGUGUAUUUGCUGGAGAAGUGGCUUGAUUUGCAGAAAGAGUGGGAGCUGAAGUUCUAUUUUGAGGGGGUCGAAAAUGGUGAGCAAGAGAGACAGGGGAGAUUAUGUGGAGUGGAGAGGAUUGGGGGGAGGAUAUUUGGGGUGAGAAGGGGUGAGGAAGUGAGUAUUAUUGUGCGAGAGACGGUGAUGGUUGAUGGCUUUGUCUUGAAUGUGAGUGGGGCGGGGGAGCUGGGAAAGGGUGCUAGGGUGGGUGUUACUGGUGUCAAGGUCCUAUUCCAUGACGGGAGUGAGAUUCAAGUUGGAUCCCAUGAAGGGGACAAACGCCUUGUUAAGGUGAGCGAAGGUAGGGUUCUUACUGGGCUGGUUGGUGAGCUCGUCAACGGCGUUAUCCAACGUUUCGGCCUCCUUGAAUGUCCAAGAGAAAUCACUUUGUCACCGGCUGUGCUGAACCCUGCAACCCUCCAACGCCACCUCUGGAAAAGGGAUAUUCCACCCCCAAACCUCCAAGUAUCAACCUACAAGACUGGGUACUGGACACCCGAAAGAUCUUUUGACACAAUACCCAUGUCUUUCCUCCUCUUCGGUACCACACCAUCUGAACUCGCAAGCAUAACGGGCAUUUCAUCCGAUGCGAAAUUGAGAUCGUUUGCUGUGCAAUUUGCGGAUGGGAGUGAAAGAUCAAUUGGGCCAAGAGAUGGGAUUGAGAGAGAAAGGAAAGUUUUUAGUAUUGAUGGAAGGGGAGGAGAGGUGGUGAAGAAGGUGGAAGUUGGCAUGAAUCACCUGCCAAUGGCUGUUAAGCUCACCACCUCCAGAAACCGCAUUUGUUUCUUCGGCACUAACCAAAAGAACGCUCACACCAUCUUCGAACCGCCACCUAGCACCCACUUCGUUGCCGGUCUCUAUGCCAGCUGGGGAUAUAGCGUCGAUCGCAAGGAAUGCACCACUAUUUCGAUUUUGUCGGGUAGGAAUGAUGGAGACGUAGGGCAGGAGGUUCAAGGUGUACAAGAUGAUCAUGCGUGGAGUCCACCGGGCUUCGAGAAUGCGAGGUCAUUGGCGCAGCGGAGUGAGGCGCUUGCAGUGGCGGGGGAGGAGGAUUAUAUAGAGUUUGCGGGACGGUGGUGGUGA